UGAUAAUUAUGGUUUAUUUCCACUCACAGAUUUCCAAGAGAAAGCAGGUUAAAACAGCACUGAAUUUCUCAUCUUAAUUGAUUCAUGUACAAUUUACCUCUCUUAGAAAGAAGUAAAUGGAACAUAGUCUCAGAUUUUUGUUUUCAUAUUUUAUAGCAAGUAUGAAGCUACCAGACUCCAGCAUUUACAAACCUGAAAAUUCAAUUAGGAAGACUUAUCCUGCAAAAAAUUUAGAAUUUAGUAAAAGAUUUCAUUUGAAACAGCUCUCAGUGAUCUCAUCUCUAGCUUGCCCUUACACUUUCUCACCUUGUAUGUCUUCUACAGAGCAGCUGUUUGCACCAGCCUUCCUAAUGAUGAGUUGUUAUUACUCCUUUGUUGCUUCAUUUGUUGACCAUUAAACUAAGCACCUGUAUGUCUGCACUGUGAGCCUUGAUCUGUUCUUUGCCUCAUGAUGAAGAUUCCAGAGAGAAGUUAGUGCUAAAGACACAGCUGUAGGACAUUAUGUGACUGCUUAAUAUCAAUUACACUUCGGCCACCCUGAUUUAUGUUUCCUUCGUUACUUCCAAGCAUCUCUGAAUGGUGAUGUUGUUAUUUAUAUACUAUGAGAAACAUAAUUAUAGAUAUUUCAUUGAGAAUUUUUCCAGCCAGCUUCCAGGUUUUUUAUGGUCAGAUACAGGAAUUGUGAGCAAAGCAAAGUACUCAGUGGUUAGAAUAUUUUAAAAUUAAGUAUUCAGUUUGUCUCAUCAAAUGGUUUAGUUUAAUGAACGUCAGAAAGGAAUCUAGGAGCUGUUGGACACUUCCUUCAAAGGGAGAGAUUAAUUUAAGCAUCAAUUCAGAAAAUUUCAGGGGAAUGGACACCAGUGGUAAAGAUUCUAGUGGAAAUGUUUUGUAUUUUAAUAGUUGAGGCAUUAGCCAAAAAUGCAAAAAGCCUGUGUAGAUAUUAAGUCAUCCAGCUGCACCUCGUUAGGUUAUAGAGAUAAUUUGCACUUGCAGAAGAGGAAGAAGUAAUAGUUCUAAAUUUAGUAAGUAACCUCAUUGAAGGUAAAAUUGAUCUGCUGAUUAACUUGUUUUCCUCUUCAGAUAAUGCUUUUCAUCCUUUUUUUAAAAUUGAAAUCUCUUAAAUGUUAUAUAUGGAGAGCUUUUUCAGUACAGUGUAGAACCUGUGCAUACAGUUCUUCGUGCGUUUGGAAUUACAAGUGUUUUGAGUGUUGUAACAAGUCUUCCUACUGGUGAUUUGUGAUGGCGGAGUUUGACACCAGUUGGACAACCUAUACCAGGAACAAGAUUUAUUGCAUUCAAAGUACCUUUAAAAGGGGCAAUUAACCAGAGGCUUACCCCAACCCAAAAAUUUACACCAAAAGACUUAAUUGCUGCAAUGAAAGCCCUAAACGUGGAGCUUGGAUUAAUUAUUGAUUUAACAUAUACCACACGAUACUAUGAAGUUAAGGAUUUACCUAAAAGUGUGCAGUAUAAGAAACUUUAUACUGUUGGAUUUGAGGUCCCUGAUAAUGCUACUAUCCUACAGUUCAAAAAGUGGGUCAGAAAAUUCCUUUGGGAAAAUGCAGGAAAUGAGAAACUCAUUGGCGUGCACUGUACUAAUGGAAUUAAUAGAACUGGCUACCUUAUAUGUAGGUAUCUUAUAGAUGUUGAAGGCUGGGAUCCAGAGGCAGCAAUUCAGGCUUUUGGCGAUGCCAGAGGUCAUCGCAUGGAUGGCCUUGUGUAUCUUGCAGAUCUCAGGACACAGCCCAUGCGAAGUAACCUUGGAAUGGAUGUAUGGGAUGCAGAUGAAGACAUUAUCCCACCACCACAUGCAAUGGAAGGAUCUGUAGAGCGGUUCCCAAAUGAAGAUUUUCAGGGAUCUGGGAAAAGAUUAAGAAUUUAUGAUGACCACUCUCACCAUGAUUUGCAAGGACAGAUGCAGUUGCGAGAUUUUGACUACAUUAAUAAGGGGUCUGGACAAAGACGAAGACCUUUUCAUGACCAUCAAACUCAGGAUGAAUUAAGAGCAUCAGUACAGAUGAGAAAUUGGGACUACAAUAGGGGACCAGAACAAAGACAAAGAGCCUUUACUGAUCACAAAUUUUAUGAUGAUUAUCAAGAAGACACGCAGCCGAAGGACUUAGACUUCAGUAACAAGGGACGUGGACAGAGUUCGAGACCUUUUCAUGGACAGUUUCAUGAAGAUUUGCAAGCAGAAAGACAGUUUUUUGACUUCACCAGAGGCCGGGAACAAAGGCACAGACCUUUUCCUGACCAUCCAUCUCCUAAUGAUUUGCAGGAAGACAGGCAGUCAAAGGAUUUCGAUUUUGGUGACAGGGGCCAUGGCCAGAGGCGAAAACUGUUCCACGACCACCAAUCUCGUGAUGAAUUUCAGACUCAAAUGCAGUUAAAAGAAUUGGAUUCUGCCAGCAGAGGUCCUGGUCGAAGACUGAGAUCCUUCCAUGACUACGAGUCACAUGAUGACUUGCAGACACAGAUGCAAUUGGGAGAUUUUGAAUUUGUCAAGAGGGGUCGUGCGCAGAGGUCGAGACCUUUUAAUGAUCACCAGUCUCGCAAUGACUUAAAAACAGAGAUGCAUCUGAAAGAUUAUGAUAAUAAAGGUCCUGGACAUAGGUGCAGACCUUUUCAUGACCCUCAGCCUUAUGAUAGCUUACAGGAACAGACUAAAUCAAAAGAUUUUGAUUAUGAUAAUAAAGGGCAUGGACAGAGGCCAAGACAUUUUCAUGAUCGUCCAGGUCACAAUGACUUGCCACGUGAAUGGUGUUCAGACAGAAACUUAUACUUUAAAAGAAGUCCUGUGGACAGAAAAGGAUAUGAAAUUUUAUUUAUGCCCUCAGCCAAACACAGCUACAGAAGUCAGUCGUUUUCUUCCCAUGAAAAUGUACCAGAACCUCGCUACUCCUCAUCUCCUCCACUUCACAGAGAUUAUGGGUCUGAUAAUGAUGACUUUAAUAGAAAUUACAGUAAUCGACCACAUUGUCCUGAAGACAAUAGGAGAGUGCAUCCCUCAGAGGAAUUUAAUAGAGGAAAAAACAGAUUUGCACCAUACUCUUCACGAACAAUGCACCCAUCUUCAUCCAUACACCACGAAGAUAGUUUAAUAGGCUAUGAAAGAAAGCCUUUUCAGGGUGAAACUACCAGAAGCAUGGAACAAAGUAAAAGAUUACCAGUUGUAACAAUUGAUUACAAUUAUGGUCUGCCACUAGAUUGUGGACCUGAAGAUGAAGAAAGAUCACAUUAUGAUUUACCGCCAAGAGACCACUACACCUGGAACUGAAUGGAAAGGACAGUGUUUGCUCCACUUAGAAUUGCUUUUACCCAUUUUAUUUUGUAUGUGGACCAAUUUUUUUUUAAAGCAAAUUAGUUAAAUGAAAAUUUCAGUAGUAAAGAACAGGUCUCUAUUGUAAGAUUAGCUUCUACUGAUGUUUGGUUCUUUAAAUUUAUUAGGCUGUAUUUGUUAAGUGUCGUUGGAGACAAUGUCUCUAUACACAUGGAAUUCAAGCAGUCCUUCCUUUAGUGAAAUUGCAACCCUGAAACAAACAACCCCUUAAGAUAAACAACUUUGAGUGAUUGUGUUUGUUUUUUGUUUUACAGUUCUUUAAAAUAUAUGUGGUUUCCAGAUGCAUAAUAAAACACUGCACUGUCAGGUAGACUAUCAUUGAAAUUAUAGGGAAAAUAGUUAGAAAUGAACGAAGCCAAGUUAUGUUCAGUUCAUCCUUUAAUUUGAAAACAGAAGUUUGAAUUAUUGCUACCAAUCACUGCAGCAUCACAAUUUACUUCCAUGUUAUCUGUACCACCCACUGAACUGACCUAGUUGCUUUCUUUUUCACAGCAGAAUUUUUCCCAGAUUGCUAAGAACAUGUAAGCAAGUGGAGUUUGAAUAUUCUAAAUGUCAAACCUGCUUUUCAGUAAUUGGACUAUCUCAUCCUGAUUGUGUAUUUUUUUCCUGAUCCCUUAGGUUAUCUAUGUUUCAGAAUAGCCCACUGCAGGUAAAUGUCACUGUUUCUCAGCAACAAAUCCUAAGGAAAGUAGGUCAUGUAUGUCACCUUAGCUGUCUCGACUGGCCAAGGGCACUGGUGCCUAUGUACUUACACCUCCUCACUUGUCAGGCAUAUCUGUCCUACCCCACAGUUGUGUCUUUCGCUGGUUUCUUCUCACAGAACAGAAGGCUUACUUCUUCAGGUGAGCUCCCUGUAAGAGUCUUGUGUUGAACAGUCUCCUGAACUGCCUGUGGCUCUCACAAAAGUAGUGCAACAAAUAGUAACUGAAUUCAUGCCAGCAGCUGCUCAGGAGCACCCACAGCUCCUGCUAUGGCUAAAGAAAUCAUUUCAUAGGAUGGAAAACAGUAUUACUGUAAUACUUAGGUAAAUUAAAAUAGCUACAUUUUUCAUUAUUACUACAUUUUAAUGAAGUAAUACUUUAAAAGGCAUCACAAUAAAUAAGGAUAAAGGUAGACCAUUAUAUUAAAAUAAACAAUUGAAUGCAAGCUACCUAAGUCAUACAGUUAAGACACUGCCUUAAAAGCAAAGCUUUAAAGCAUCAAGCAAGAGAGCAAGAGGGUGUAGCUAUACACUAGAAAACUGG